ACUUGUCGAAAACCAACGACCUUUUAUUGUUGACAUGAUAGUAUGGUAUUAAAAAGCGUGGUAUUUCUAGUUGUGUUGUAGGUAGUUUUGAUAAUAAAUAUUAUAGAAUGCCUUCCAAUAAACGAAUAGCCUUUUGGGUAUCGGAGAAGAAGUUAUUAAAGCUGAAUUGGCAAGAACUAGAGACAAUAAGCAAGAAAUAUGGGUUUGAGGUGUUCAAAUUAUGUUUGAAAAAAUCUCUUGAAUCACAAGGACCAUUCUGUGUAUUUGUGCAUAAAAUGACGGAUAUUAUUGCAUCUGCAAAUAUGGGUGAUAUUAGGUGUGCUAAUUUAAUUCAAGAGGUGGAAACAUAUAUAUCUCAGAACCCGUCUCUUGUUGUGAUAGAUCCAGUAGCUAAUGUAAGAAGAUUAAUUGAUAGGUGCAACUGUUAUAGCAUUAUUCGUUCCACUAAUUUAGCUACAUAUGAUGUUUUCACACCAAAUUUUUGUACAUUAAGGUCAGGUGAUAGAGAAUCUUUGAAACAACAAUUGAAAAUGGCCAAAGUAACAUACCCGUUUAUUUGUAAACCAAUAUUAGGCCACGGAUCAAAGAAAGCCCACGAGAUGUCAAUAAUUUUUAAUGAAAAAUUUUUAUCGGAUAUUAGGACUCCCUGUGUAGCACAAAGCUUUAUUAAUCACGAUGCUGUCUUAUUUAAAAUAUAUAUAGCCGGAGAAAGACAUUGUCACGUGGAAAGACCUUCGUUGAAGAAUUUUCAAGCUUCCGAUAGAGAAACUAUUUAUUUUGAUACAAGUGAUGUAUCGAAAGCAGAUUCAAAAAGUAGGUUGUGUGUACUAGAUCCCGAAGAUUUGAUCAUACAAAAGCCGAAACCAGAUGAAGAAGUAAUCGAUAUUAUAGCUACUACAUUGAGAAAAGCCUUCGGGAUGGACUUACUGGGGGUUGACGUUGUCAUAGAUAAAACUACGAGGAAAUACGCUAUUAUAGAUGUCAAUGCUUAUCCAGGUUAUGAAGGAUUUCCAAAUUUUUUUGAUGCCCUUUUAGAAUGUAUUUCCAAAAAACUGUCAUCGGAUUUCACAUAAAGUUAACUACAAAUUAAUACUUCACAUUAUUACUUACUUCAAAAAAAAUAACAUAUAUAAUAAAAAACUGCCAAAAAAAAUGCAUAACAUUGCUCAAAGCAGACAUGUUAUAAUGGGAUAUAUUUAUAAUUUUAUAGCCUCUUUAUAUUUAUACUAUUAAAGCUUCAAAAAAUCCA